AUGCCAUCACAAGAUCAUGCGGACAGUGUACAUUUAAUUCUUGAGGACCUUCAAAAUGAUCAGUUACAUCUUCAUGAAGGAAUUGUUCCUUCUUCUCAAGAAAGAACCAAUCUUGCUUUUACAACGGAAGAAUUGCAAGCCUUCUUAACCAAAAGAUUACGUGAUCAAAAACGAAUUCCCUUUUCUUAUCAAUUUGAAUUGUUGGAGAUUAUUGAUUGUAAAGAUAGAAAGAUUAGAAAUGUUGAACAGGAAGAAGAAGAAGCAGAUUCCGAUAGUGAUUUUGACGAUUUUUUAGAUGAUGAAGAAGAAGAUGACGAAGAAAAUGAUUCAAUCUCGGAAGAAGAUUAUCAAUUGUUUUGUCCCAGCGAUGUAAAGAUCUCCUAUGCAUGUAAAUGCGUUCUAGUGAGUGAUGACAAUAUUGGAAGAAUAUUGGUUUUGGAUUUGCAAAGCAAACAAUAUUUGGAUACGAUUGAUUUACCUUUUAAGGUUGCCUUCAUGUUCAUCGAGGAAAAUUAUGAUGGACUCAAAAGAGAUGCUCUUAUUCUGAGUGGGGGUGAUCAUUGUGUCUACAAGUAUGAUCUCGAAAAAUUACUUCGUCACCCAAAUUGUGAAUAUAUAUGGCGUGCAGGUUUUCCCAAUUCAAAAGAUGUGUUUAAUUUACCGAGAGGAUUGGCCAUGUACACCUAUUGUUUGCCUCCUGGUCAGUGUGCUCCAUUAAGAAGGGAUCAGAUCUAUGUGUGUGAUUAUAAACACAAUGAAAUUAAGAUUCUAGAUGCAAAUCAUGGAGAUUUGCUUGACAGCAUUUCACUUUCGUUUUCUUAUCCUUAUGGGAUAGACAUUACAAAAGAUGGUCAUUUGGUUGUGUGUGAAACAGUUGGAGAAGUGAUUGAUAUUUUAUCUCAUGACGAAGAUCAGACUUGGAAGUUAGAGAAAGACAUUGGAGAAAGUGGUACAGAGGCACUACAGUUUAGAUUCCCAAGUAGUGUCAUUGUAGACAAGGAGAGCCAAUACUUGAUCGUCUGCGAUACAAGAAACUCUAGAUUACAAAUCCUUUCACAAGAGGGUUAUUUCUUAAAAUCUGUUGGAGAUGACUAUCAACAACAGACAGGUCAGCAAGCCUCUGAUUUUGGACGUCCAGUGGCUGUAUGCCUCAACGAGAGAAAUGGUGAAUUAUUAGUAUGUGACAUUGCUCAUUCGAAAAUUCGAGUUUAUCGAUAA